AUGCAUCGCGACUUGCCUACUGGGCAGUUGCCUAUCUUAGGUUUCCAGUAUGCUGAUGGAAGAAUAAAGGUCAGCAUGGUAGCUACAAAGUUUAAAGUUGUUCCUCUGAAGAAUGUUAGUAUUCUACGGCUGGAGCUGAUGGCUGCGGUAGUAGGAGUGCGUGUAGCUGAAGUUAUAGCCAGAAGCAUAGAGUGCCCAGUCUCGGAGUGUAUUUCUUUGACUGAUUCCAUGGAUGUGGUGUGUUGGGUCCAUGGGAAGUCACACAACUAUAAACCUUUUGUGGCCAACCGUAUAGCAGAACUCCAUGAGAAGACAUCCCCAUCACAAUGGAGACACGUACCCGGACUCCAGAACCCAGCUGAUCUCGGAACGAGAGGCAUCCGAGUGACAGAGUUGAUAGAAGGUUGUCCUUGGUUUGCCAGGCCCAGGUUUCUGCUCGAGGGGGAGGACCUGUGGCCGAGUCUAAAAUUCGGAAGUAGCAGCCCAGAAGCAAAGACAGAAAUACGGACUUUCCCAGUGUUGUUCACUGCCAAGAGAGUUGGCAGCAUCAUCGAUCCGGAGAAAUUCCCAAGUCGGUACCGGCUAUUGCGUGUGUCGGCAUUAUUCUAA